UAGUGAAGAAGCUGGUUGGCUCACGUGUGUCGAGGCGAACACAGACGGUCGGUCGGUCGGUUGACAUGUCUGCAGCUUAGCAGGACAGCAGAGACGCCCAGGCCGCUUCAAAACACGCUUAAAAACGGCUCUUUAACACCUUUAACGCUCAGAGUGGACGACGUUUGGUGAGGGGAAAAAUGGCAGAGGGAGGCUUUGACCCUUGCGAGUGCAUCUGCACCCACGAGUAUGCUAUGAGGCGUCUCCUCAACCUGCUCAGGCAAUCUCAGUCCUACUGCACAGACACAGACUGCCCUCAGGAAUUGCCGGGUCCCGGUGGAUCAGUCGGCGGCGGCGGCGGAGCAGGAGAUGACCUGACGCUCCCCAUGGUUCUGAUGGGAUGGAUGGUGCUGGCUCUGCUCCUGUUUCUGUUUCGCCCAUCCAGUCUCAGGGGUCCCCGCCCAACAGGCAAAUCCCCUGGACCCCACAAUAGCGACAGAAGAGAGCCUCCAGCACCACCUAUUGAUUAGCAGUGGAGCCGGAGAAGCAGCACUCACCCACCUGCUCUAACUGGAACUGCACAGCUAGCUAGUUACUGGGACCAGGACAGCGCCAUCUCCCUGUCGACCUCCAUUCAAAUAUCUUUCUGCUUUUUUCUCUCUCAUUUUAAUGCCACUGUGUUUUUGGGGUGGAUUUGUCUGUGAUUCCUGUUACUAGAGCCCAAACGAAGCUGGAUUGAUGAGGCCGAUACAAAGAGGAAAAAACAAAAAACACGCACAACGUAAACAAGAGGUUGUUUUUGACAAAGAAACAGAUUAGGAUAAGAUUUGAUCAUGACACUUUCUCAAAGAUUAAAGUUGAAUUUAAGAGAAAUAACUACUGAAUAUGUAACAUACGUCUGUGAUGAAACCAAAUGAUACUGGCUGACGACAUCAGCUUGUUGAUACAUCAGCUGGGCUCUGUCUUUAAGCAGGAGGUCUGUUAUCUUUGUGAGUCAGUCCCUGAUCCCAGUUCUGGUGCUCAGACGGGAGCUCAUAAUGAAGGAAUGUGUUAUCUGGGUGGAGGAGACAGAGAAGAAGAAGAAGGAAGGGAGGGAGGGAGGCGUAGCAGAGAGUUCCCUUGUGCACUGCUGAAUUUCUUAUCCGAGUGCUUGCUGAGUAACGAAGGGUGGCGGGUUCAGUUCAGAAACAUUCCACUCUUUCCACUUUCCAGCUCUUAAACAGUGCCAGUAAACUCUUCAUAUCACACGAUAUUUUAAUCGCAUAUAAAAACCAGCAUACUGAUCACAUUUAUACGGUUGAAUAAGGAUUUUGGCGUGCAAUAACACGGCAUAUUUAUCUCCUGUGUUUACAUCCAGGCCUGCAUCCAGCAAAUCGUCUCCUUAUAUUAACUCCGUGUCUGUCCCUUCAUGUAACCGUGGGUUUGAUUAUUAUAGUAGAAGCGAUUUAAGGUGGCGGCGACAGAUGUUAAAGAGUCCGUUUCACAUUUCAGCUCGGUGAAGAGGGUCAGAUAGGUGUGAUCUUUGUAAAACAAUAUACUCAGCAUAAGCAGCAUAGGUUUUAAUCAUAUUGAGAUGAUCCCUUGUACUGUAAUUGUUUUGUGGUUAAAAGACAAACAUGAUUAUUGUAUAUUGAUUAUUAGUAGAAUGAUAUUUUACUAGCACUUUAGUUGUUGGAUCCUUUUUUUGAAGGUGUUAACAUGACGGGACGGCCUUUUCGUUUCUUACUGAGAAUCACAGCAUCCAAAGUUUCUACUUCACAGCGACUUCUCUACGGUAACAAGAAAAUGAACAUCUUCAAACAGUGCCAAUGUGAAUUUAUAGCUCAUUAUUUAGAGCAGCAAUACAGCUUGGGAACAGGAUCUCUGUAGUUUUCUCGCAUUCACACUUAAAGCUUCUUUUCUUACAGGAUUUGUUGAUUUUUGGUCCAGAGUUUUGCAAAAUAAGUUUAUAAUUUUACAACGAAAUGAUGAGAUUUGCGAGCUAGAUUAAAUACAAUAAGUGAACAGAUAAAAAAGAAACCCUUGACGGGAGAGGAGGAGCAUCAACCCAUCGUUGAUACAAUCUCGAGUUUUCAAUUGUUGGCUAUUGUAUUGCAGUGCAAGAUAGUAGGUUUCCAGUUUCUCUAGUCGCUGACCGUAUCGUUUUUCAUGCUCCUGUUAUAGAAACAUGGCUUUUUAGUAGCAUAUCUGGGUCUUGGUUUAUGUUCCAGGGUGCUUGCGGUAUCAGAAAUUACACGAAUUAGUUGUAAAAAAUUUGAAGGCUCUUUGAAUAUAUGGUGUAAGAAACUGGAUAUGAUCACAACUGCGCGCUGAGUUCAUCCCAACAGUCUUCAGUGGCUGCUCAUUUCCACAUCAACAGAUGUCUCCUCAGAUUUUUGUUGUUCUCGCUCGGGAGUUGGCAGGCAGGAGAUUUAAGGAAGGAAAAUAGUGACGUGAAUCACGAGUAGUUCUGGAUAAUUCCCGGGUGGAAGCCAAACUGGAUUGUUGAGAUGAACAAGUGGACUAUCUGGUACCAUGGGAGACCUUGAUUUACACUGUUACUGUCUAAGAGAAAAAGGGCUUCAACUAUGCACUUUUCCUAUAACAAAACAAAAAAUAAAAAGAAUUCAGUCUUAA